AUGGAUUUCGGCGCCGACAAACCGCCGGACGGCAGCCGCCGCUCGUCGGCCGUCGACGGCCACGAUGCCGGCGGCCAAGAGAACGGCAAGCACGCGGCCGACGAGCCGCCGCCACACAACGGCACGCAGUCCGACGAUGCCGACACUCUUGCGCUCCACAAGACUCCCCUCAGCAAUGCUCCAAUCGUGGAGCUGCCGCGGGACACGUGGAGCAAGAAGGCAGAGUUUCUGUUAGCCGUCGUGGGCUUCGCGGUUGACCUGGGCAAUGUCUGGCGCUUUCCCUACGUCUGCUACAAAAAUGGAGGAGGCGCAUUCCUAAUCCCGUACGUGAUCAUGCUGCUGUUCGGUGGUCUGCCAUUGUUCUUCCUGGAGCUGGCGCUAGGACAGUACCACAAGCAAGGAUGCAUCACUGUAUAUGAGUUAUAUUUCUCCAUGUCUGCAGGUAUCGGCUACGCGAUCUGCAUGAUCGACCUCUACAUGGCGAUGUACUAUAACACAAUACUGGCGUGGAGUGUCUAUUAUUUAGUGGCAUCGUUCAGCAGUGAACUGCCCUGGACAUCGUGCGGCAACGCUUGGAAUACGGCCAACUGCACACCAACGUUCAACGUAACUGAACAAACUGAUUACAGCACACAUGUUUCACCAGCGAAAGAGUUCUUCAGGAAAGAAUGUGUGCCCACCUCAUGACCCACCUCAUGAGGGGACGUGGGGCCCAUCAAGCUGUCGCUGGCCGUGUGUCUCUUCACCGUAUUUCUUCUCGUAUAUUUCUCGCUGUGGAAAGGCGUUAAGUCCGCCGGCAAGGCAGUGUGGGUGACGGCAACCGCACCAUAUGUGGUGCUGCUCAUCCUGCUGGUGCGCGGGGUGAGCCUCCCCGGGGCCGGUACAGGCAUCAUGUACUACAUCACACCUCGCUUCCACAUGCUGCUAAACAUACAUGUGUGGGUGGACGCGGCGACUCAGAUCUUCUUCAGUCUUGGUCCGGGGUUCGGAACACUCCUCGCUCUCUCGUCCUACAAUAAGUUCCACAACAACUGCUACAGGGACGCGAUGUUGACCGCAACAAUCAACUGCGUGACGAGCUUCCUGGCCGGCUUCGUGAUAUUCUCUGUGCUGGGCUACAUGGCGUACGUGCAGAACAGGGACGUCGCGGAGGUGGGCGAGGAAGGUCCCGGGUUGGUGUUCACGGUGUACCCUGAAGCCAUCGCCACCAUGACAGGCUCUGUUUUCUGGUCCAUAAUAUUCUUCCUCAUGCUCAUCACACUCGCUAAUGGUGGGAUGUACGUGGUUGAACUCCUGAACGACUACGGGACCGGCAACCCAAUUCUGUUUAUUGUGUUCGUGGAGGCGGCCGCCGUCUGCUGGUUCUAUGGCGCCGAGAGAUUCGCCUCUGAUGUCCAGAAGAUGCUAGGCUUCCGACCUGGACGUUUCUGGAUCGCCUGCUGGAAGUACAUCUCGCCCAUUUUCAUCUUCGUGCUGUUCCUGUUUUCCUUCCUGCCCGGGGGAGGAGACGAGCAACAUCCUCACAAGGAACCCCCGAAGAUGUGGGUGGUCGCUCUGGGAUGGUGCAUAACGUGUUCCUCCAUCAUAUGGAUCCCAUCCUACAUCUGCUACAUGUUCUGCACCACGUCAGGGUCUGUUAAGGAGCGCCUUCGCAAGCUCACACAGCCUGUGGAGUAUACGCAAAAUGAACUCGACCGAAUGUCCAUGGAAGGCACUCAUGUUUAA